CUACAUGUCUUUGGUGAAAAUAACCCAAAUUAGGAUGUAUUUUUUAGUCUGUAGGAAAGUUAAAGAGUUCACAAAACUAUGGUAUAGAUCUGAAAAUUGAUCAAUCCUGAAGUACUGAUGGCCAAUCUAAUUUCUUGAGGUCCAAGAAUGUCAGAACAGUACAGAUAUCUCCCAAAUGACCCCUUUUUUCAGAGUAGACAGUCCGACGUAUUUCAUAAGAGGCAUGGCGAGUUUUUUGAAGUUGUAUUUUUUUUGUCAUAAUUUUUCAGAAAAUGAAAAAAAUUUUUUUUUUUUUACAUACUGUCAC